GAGAAAUGGCCAACGUAUCUUGUUGAUGCAACCUGCCUAAAGUUGACAUACUAUUGUCCCUCCGCUGGACUUGUUCUUCACGCUCAGUCAGCCUUGCCCGUCUUCCACCAACCUAGCAGCAGCCGAGAACCGACGCAAAUAAGCAGGUGCUCGACGACGAUGGAAGUCCCCGAUUCAAGAUGGACCUUGAAAGACUGCCCAGAGGGCAGCAGUGUAGUAGUGAGUGCGUGAAAGAAAAAGGAGAGGAAGUAAAGGAAGAUAAAUACGCCACAUUGCUCCGAAGCUCCCAGAAAUCCUUGUGUGAAAACACCUAUGCUCCCUGCCUCAUGUCCAUGUCCAUGUCCACCCACCGAUUUGUCGAACCCUGCGCAUCUGUUCAAUCUUACCUCUCAAGUUGUGGCAUGAUGCCCCCC